AUGACAACAAAACCAACUCUUAUUGACGUUCUCAACAACGAGACAUCUUAUCCAUACUCUCUAGACGACUUUGCCACAUUCUUAGAUCAAACCUACUGUCUAGAAAACCUGGAAUUCUGGCUGGCCUCUCGUAGAUAUAAAUACUACGCUCACAAUUUCUUCAACCCGAAUGCCUCCCUCCCCUCUCUCUUGUCGGAACCCGACUUACUACUACCCAGUGAUACGUUGUAUGAUGAUGCCGUCUUGCGCGGCGACGCACCGGCCCACAGCGAAUUCAUAAAACAGAAACUCCACGAAAUAAUCACCACAUUCAUUUUACCAAACUCGCCCAAGGAAAUUAACAUCGAGUCAUCGGUGCGAGAAGAUUUAUUAACGAACGUAUUCUCUUACAAUAAUUACGACCCUUCAAUACUCGAAGUGGUAAACAAUCAUGUGUUCGAGUUGAUGCAGGGUUCAUGUUUCUCGCAAUUCCUCGUGGAGGCGGGAAACGUUGAACUGCGAAUGUCCAGCGAAAGCGAAAGUCAAGAAGAAUCCGAUAAUUCUUCACCUUCAAGUCCUGGCGUUUCGCAUUUUCAAAACGGAGUAUUCCGACGGAGCGCCAAGAACGGAAGGAAACAGAAGUUUGGUGGACUAAAACUGAAAGAGAAAUAUAAGAAAUUAACGUCCAAAAUCGGAACCGCCUUGUAA